UCGAGCGAAUCGUGCCUUUCUAUUGGGUGAAUUCGCCCGUCGUUACCAUGGGCGUGGAGGCGAGCUUACUAAACCCAGACAAGCGCAAAUACGGACGAACGCAGUAAAAUUCGUGAGAAAGCGAGGCAUUGCAGUCUUUCGGGUCCAGUGGUGCUUUAUUGUCGAGAGUAGCUUUUUCUGAAAGCCAGAAUUCAUGUUUAACUGCUGCUUUUCGUAAAGGAUAUCUUCCCUCAAUGACAGCACGCACUGCAAGACAACGCAAGACGUUAUUUAUUUUCAUGGACGCCCAAAAACGAAAUCACUGUGAACGUGAAAGCCUGAAAUCGUCCUGUCUUGCCCCAUGUUGAGGAACUGCGUCAGCGCACGGACGCUGCAGGCUCUUGGCUGCAGCUCCAACGCGGUGAAGUCGGAAACAACGUCGCUAAAUGUGAAUUGGGGGGAAAAGUGAACAUUUUUAAUAUCGCCAUGGAGUCCGGAGACGGACCACAAUCCGACGGUCCCGUGGUAUCAAAGUAUUCUUCUGUUCCCAAUUCACAGUGUGAACUAUACAUAAAUAUUUAUGAGACCAUUAGCGAGGGGAACGUCAAUAAAAUGGAUAACAAUUCGGCCGUGAUUCGCGGAGGCAGCGACCCCAGCGCGUAUCCUCUGUCGAACUAUCAGCGAGGAGUGCGUCAAAGGUUUAUCCGAAGAAGUUUGUGCUUCGCGGACAAUGACGAUCCGGCUUACGAGGCACCUGAAUGUGAUAAUCAGAGCAAGACGCUCAACAUCAACCUGCGAACAAUAGUGGACCGAACCAGGGGUGCGCGUUCGAGUUUGCAAGACGGGUCUGGUACCGAGAGCCAAGAGAGACAAAAGGAUGGGGCCGCGGAAAGCGCCGGCGCCGGCGCCGACGAUGAGAAGGAUAGAAUACUUUCUGCGUUUAAUGUUGAAUCUGCAGAUGAUGGCAAAAACGUUAUCAAGACCGCCAGUGAAGAAAAUGAGGAGGAGGCCGAGAUGAAGGCAGUAGCCACCUCUCCUGGUGGUCGCUUUCUCAAGUUUGACAUUGAACUUGGGAGGGGCUCUUUCAAGACCGUGUAUAAAGGCUUGGACACCGAUACGUGGGUGGAGGUGGCAUGGUGUGAACUUCAGGACCGGAAGCUGUCGAAGGCGGAGAGGCACCGUUUCAAAGAGGAAGCGGAGAUGCUGAAGGGCCUGCAGCACCCCAACAUCGUCCGCUUCUACGACUUCUGGGAGUCCCUGCUCAAAGGGAAGAAGUGCAUCGUCCUGGUGACAGAGCUCAUGACCUCAGGGACAUUAAAAACCUACCUGAAGCGCUUCAAGGUGAUGAAGCCCAAGGUUCUGCGCAGCUGGUGCCGGCAGAUCUUGAAGGGCCUCCACUUCCUACACACACGCACACCGCCCAUCAUCCACCGCGACCUCAAGUGCGACAACAUCUUCAUCACAGGCCCGACAGGCAGCGUGAAGAUUGGUGACCUAGGCCUCGCUACGCUGAAGAGGGCCUCCUUUGCCAAGAGCGUCAUUGGUACCCCAGAGUUCAUGGCCCCAGAGAUGUACGAGGAGCACUACGACGAGUCUGUGGACGUCUACGCCUUUGGCAUGUGCAUGCUGGAGAUGGCUACGUCCGAGUACCCGUAUUCGGAGUGCCAGAACGCCGCGCAGAUCUACCGCAAAGUCACCAGCGGGGUGAAGCCUGCCAGCUAUCACAAGGUCAUGGACCCAGAGGUGAAGGAGAUCAUUGGCGAGUGUAUCUGCCAGAACAAGGAAGAGCGCUAUUCAAUCAAAGACCUCCUGAACCACGCCUUCUUCGCUGAGGACACGGGCGUGCGGGUGGAGCUAGCUGAGGAGGACGACGGCAGGAAGGCCUCCAUCGCCCUCAAGCUGUGGGUGGAGGACCCACGCAAGCUGAAGGGCAAGUACAAGGACGCCGGCGCCAUCGAGUUCACCUUCGACCUGGAGAAGGAGGUGCCUGAGGGCGUGGCCCAGGAGAUGGUGGAGUCCGGCUUUUUCCACGAGAGCGACGCAAAGAUCGUGGGCAAGUCUAUCCGGGACCGGGUGGCCCUGAUAAAGUGGCGACGGGCGCGGACGCCGCCAUCAGCCGCGCAGAGCGCCGCAGCUCAGCCCGCCAAAGCCCAGCCUGCACCCAUCCUGGGCGAUGCUGGCGGCCCCGCCGAGCCCGAGGACGCAGAGGCGGAGCCGCAUGGCCAUCUGAGCCAGCUGAGCAGCAGGACUACCUCUACUACAUCUGACAGUGGCACUGGCUCUACAGUAUACUCAGACUCCCACAGUAGCAGCUUGCACAGUGUCAUAUACCAGUCUCUGCAGGAACCUGUCUCCACGGCAACACAGCAGACCAGUGUUCUGGGUCUCCAGAGCCAGACGGUGUCUGCCACAGCCCUGCAGAUGCCCGCCCACCUCCUCCAGUCCUCCCAGAGCUACUCUGCUAUGCCCCUCUCUGUGCCCCCUGCCAUAGCCCCUGUAGUCACACCCGCACAGCCUGCAUACGCACCUGCAGGCCAGGCUCUGCAGCGCCAGAGCUGUUCAGCUGCCCCAAUGCCGCCGGUCGGUGAGGCGCAGCACCCGCCGCCGAGACCUCCCGCACUAGCGCACGGCGCGCCAGCCGUGCCGCACGUUCCCGCCGUGCAGAGCCACCCUCCCGCAGGACGGGCGGGGCCGCCGAAAGCGCAGGCGGACGUGAACCCCCCCUCCCCUGGUUACCAUCCCGUCCCCGCGCCGCACGCGGCCGCUGCCGGGUCGAGUCCCGUUUCAAAUGUUCUGUACGCGGCUGCUGGUCCCGUUCCCUGCGCGCCGCUGGCCACAGCCGCCAGGUUGAGCCCUGUUCCUAGCGUGCCGCUGGCCCCGGCCGCCAGACUGAGUCCUGUUCCCAACGUGCCGCGGGGCACCGCCGCUAGGCUGAGUCCCAUUCCAAACGCACCGCCUCAGGCAAACGCGGUCGAGAGCGGUGAAUCUGCUCAGAAUGCAGCGCUGCAGGCAGCGGCUUCGCUCCCUACCCCUGCACGUCCAGGUCACAGGGCCACUGACGCACCUGGACAACAGCACAUCCUCCAAUCAUCCAGUUUACCUACCAAGAACACUCCUACUCAGCAGCCAUUGGUUCAAGCUUCUGCUGCUCAACAACUGCCACCACACCAGUCUUCUCAGCAAUCAGCUCACCUCACACACUUACCCACACUGAACCAGUCUGCUGGGGCCCCCCUUCCUGGACACGACUCCUUUCCCUCUGCACAGUCCUCCCUCGUGCCGCUGUACCUCUCCGCUGGCCAGGCCCCUCCCACUCUGCCCUCCGUGUCACCGGUGUCCUGCUCGCAGGUGGAUGGAGCCGUGGCGGCCCCUCUCGCGGCACAUGGUACCCAGGGGCCAUGUGCCGCUCCUGUGUUCACGAGCGCAGUCCCCACAGCACACACUUACCACCACGGCUCAACCGUGGCUCAGCAGCAGAGCUCCGUGGCCACACCCUCCCUGUUUACCCUCACUCAGACCACACCCCCCGUGCACCAAAAACUACCUCCUUCACCAAACCCCGCCUCAGUGUCCAUAGGGCCGCCCCUCUCCACCGAGGUUCCUCUUUCUCAGGGAGAGUCUACUAGCAAUAACCAGGCCCUAGCUGCUCUUCCAGUCCUGACUGCCACCCAGACGAGCUCCGCCCCGCGCCCGCCGACCGUGCUCCCGAUCGCCACCACGGACUCUGCCCGUCACGCCCAGGCCUCCCAGCUGCCUCCGCUCGCCAUCCAGCCCUCCUCAGCGGCCCGGCCGCUGUCCCCAGGCACCCCGCCAGGCCUGACCCAGGAGCCCCACCUCCCUGCUGCCGCCACGGCCAGCAUGACGCAGCACAAACAACCAAGCGCUCGCGGGACACAGCAGCAGCAGCCAAGCGGCAGCGCCUCGGCCCAGCCGAGUCAGCAGUCCGGGGCUGGCCGGCCGGCCGCCGAAGUGUUGGCCGAGGAGGCUGCACUCGAUAAACAGACAUCAGUGUCUGGAUUGGCUUAUGACAGUGUGAACUCGGAUGCCACGUCAGGAAAGGAGACAAGUGACUGCAAUGAGGGGACGCACGGCGGGCGGAGCGAACUGAGGGCCCGCAAGCACCACCGCAAAUCCUCUCGCACGCGCUCACGGCAGGAGAAGAGCGGCAAGCCCAAACUGAGCAUGCUCAACGUGUGUAACACGGGCGACAAGAUGGUGGAAUGCCAGCUGGAGACCCAUAACCACAAGAUGGUGACCUUUAAGUUUGACCUGGACGGAGAUGCUCCAGAGGAGAUUGCCACCUACAUGGUCGAGAAUGACUUUAUCCUGCUGCCGGAGAAGGAGAUGUUCAUCGACCAGCUGAAGGACAUUGUAGAGAAAGCAGAGGACAUCCUGAGCGAAGAGGCAGAGGGCGAGAGCGGCUCGGACCAGAACCCGCUGCCCCACCUGAGCCCCGUCGGUGGCUCUGGCACGGAGGGAGCGAAGUCUCAACAAAGUCCAUCUAACCAGCUAGUCUAUCAACAAAAUGUACUCCACACUGGAAAGCGCUGGUUCAUUAUCUGCCCUGUGGCUGAGACGGCCACAGACAGCGGGGAAGACAACAUCACAGCCAAAGAUUCAGAGGGUCUUUGUGCAGCUCAGGUACCAGAUACCAACGUGGGCGGCGUCAGAACUCCACAGAAACACCCGCUGCUGCCCAAACCCUCCCUCUGCGCCACGGAAUGUACUCAAUCAGCGGAAGAUCCACACACCGGUCACUCAGCAGCAGCGUCCAUGGUCGCAGACAUCCCAUGCUGUCCCAUCGUCUCUCCCAUUUCCCAGGAUCCCGGCAUUCAAAAAAUUGUGGCCCCUCACCAGCCAGCCCAUCAUGACACCAGCCCCGUCACUGACCCGCCCCCAACUUUGGCCCAACCAGUAGUGCUUCAGCAACCAUUUUCCACUCCUAUUCCGCCACCUGCCAUCAGUGGGACGCAGUCCCAGCCUCAAAGCCCAGGCCAUCAUGCGCAACAGGCCCCUCCCUUUACAUCAGGGCCUGUCUCGUCGCAGGCACAUCUGGGAGGCGGGCCAGGGGAGUCUGAUGGGGAGGGGCCUCCCAGACUGGAGUUCACCGAUAGGACAAUAAAGACACUCGAUGAGAAACUUAGAAACCUUCUGUAUCAGGAGUACAACCCCUCACAAUCCACGAGCUCUGCAUCUGAACCUCCCGGCUCCCCUCCAGCGUCAGAUAGCCAAGGCAGUGACGGAGCACCCAGAAAAGGAGAGAUGCUGCCACAGAUUCCAGAGAGGAGCGAUAGUCUUGGUACCUUAAGUGACUCUGCUGUUGCUCCUUUGAACAAGCUGGUAAUUGGAAAUGACUCAGGAGGCAGGUUUGAUGGACGCGGUAUCUUCAAGGGCCGGUUCCAGGUUGUUCCGAUAGCACCAGAUGGUGACUAUUAUUUGGAUCAGAGCAGUAAAGACCAAAUCUCCAGCAGCUCUCCCGUGCCUGUUCACGGAGGGGGAGGAGCCGUGGUAACCAUGGAUACUGGGGUUGCCAUUACAACCGAGAAUGGAGUCCAAGCUGCACAAAAGUCCCAGAGCAACCGUUAUUCAGCACCGCCCGACUUGUAUCAGGACACGCCUGCUUCCAGCCCAGAGGGCACACCCCCGUUGGUCCACUCUCAGACCUCGUUGUCGAUCGAUGGGGCAACACAGCACGGCCUCCAUCUCUCCUCCGAUUCUGGUGAGGACGACAACAGCUUGGCCCCGCCCCAUAAACCUGCACAAACUGCUCAUGCCCUGUCGGAGCACAGUGGGAGUGACCUCAUGAAGCGGGCAGUGGCCUUCUUCCGUCGUUCUGGCCGCAACAGCAGUGUGCACAGCUCUGAUUCGCCCAGCCGUCCUCCGUUGCUUAAUGGACACGCCCCUUGUGUUGCCAACCACACCCACGCGACGUACGUCAGCAGCGAUAACGAUUCGGAGUUUGAGGACGUCGACAUGAAAAAAGAGCUCCAGAGGCUCAGAGAGAAGCAUAUGAAGGAAAUCUCAGAGUUGCAGGCUAACCAGAGAAGCGAGAUCGAACAGCUGUACUCUCGGCUGGGCCGCCCCGUGCCUCCCGGCGUAGGUUUCCUGCAUGCGGCGCCCCCCACAGGUGGCCGCCGCCGCCGUGCCUCUAAGCACAAGGUCAAAGCAGGCAAGCUCAUCAACCCCACAGUCCAGCAGCUCAAAGCAAGCCGUGCCAGCAGUCCAGCUGAGGCCUGCUCCAGUAUGGUGGCAGCCCUGCCCAAAAGCGCAACUCUGGGUACCAGCUCUGCGGGGUCUGACGCAACCGCCCUGCGGGGGUGCCCGGUGGACUCGAUGCGGCCGGUCCACACCCAGCAACCCUGCUCGCUGAAGGUCUCUCUUUCGUCCGACAACAUCUACGGCACGGCCACGCCUACGCCGCCUGGCCAAGGCUGGACCGUUUACCACCAAACAUCUGAGAGAAUCACCUAUAAAUCUAGUAGCAAACCGCGCACUAGAUUCCUCAGUGGACCCGUGUCUCUGUCCAUCUGGUCCACUCUGAAACGACUAUGUCUAGGCAAAGAGCGCAGUAGUAGGUCAUCAAACAGCACUGGUGCCACGCCUACAACCUCGGCAUCCAAUCAGCAAUCGGUCCCACCUCCUGUGUCUAUGCCUACGCCUGGUCCUCAACCAAUCACAGCGCUAGCUCAGGCUCAGACCAACAACAGUAACAAUAAAACCAGAACAUUCACCGACGACCUGCACAAACUGGUCGAUGAUUGGACAAAAGAAACGCUUGCUUCUGCUCCUCAAUCCCGCCUCUCCCUCAACCAGAUCAAACAGCAGCAACGUCACCAGGACAUGAAAGUCAAUCCCCCAUCAAAGGGAGGAGCUACAAAUCAGAUGAGAGCUACAGUUCCUCGGAGCUCCUUGUCGUGCCAGCUUCCCCUCUCCUGCACGCUCUCUGGAGCUCUAUGCCCGGCCCGGCCCCCUGCCCUUGCGAGCACACCCUCACCGGUCCUACAGCCAGCUGGCUACCUGCUCUCCACUGGUCCCUAUGGAGGGGUGGUGCCAGCCUCCAGGUACCCAACGCAGUGGCCAAGGAUUCCCUGUCCGGCUGGCACAAUGGGGCCCGUGCGCAUGCUUGGCACAGCGGGUAUGGUGCCCUUCCCUGCACUGACCAGUACUGCGCUGCAAGCCUUUCCCAUGGCGCUGAGCACCUCGGACAACCCUCUGUGCCCUGGUGGUGCCAGGACUAUAUAACGAAACUACCUUAUUUGCUCCAACCCAUUCCACAAGCAAAGCCCUGGGCCAGUUACUUCAGUAACUUGUAUCUAAUGCAAAGCUGUGUAGACUAGAACUGUGAUACUCAUUUAAUGACCCCCUGAUUUAAAAUAACUACUUCCUACAUACCUGGCUCUUCUAGUGGAGUCACUGGUAAGAAGUUUGUUACUCAUGUUCUCCACACAUAUGCUAAGCUGUACAGGUUACCCCAGCCUCACAUGGAAACUUCAAUAUCCAUAGUCAAGUUGUAUGGUUCAGUGUUAAUGAUGUCAGUAACCUGCCUUGGAUGGCAGACGGCACCUGUACAUAGCUCCAGAGCCUGUAAAUAAAGUGUGUGUGUGUGUGUGUGUGUGUGUGUGUGUGUGUGUGUGUGUGUGUGUGUGUGUGUGUCAGCACUUGAGUGAGUGGAAGAAAGUCUGCAUUUGGUUGUAAUGCAUUUGACUAUGGCCUUUAUGAAUCCUACAGCCAUAACUGUUCAUCACACGUCUGAAUUCUCACGCUUUUCCACUAGAGCUCACUGUUUGAUAGGUCUAGUACAGAAUAAACAAACAGGCCUUCACUGGUACUUCUCAGAGCUAUAGAUGCAUGAACAUCCAAAGAUACCAAAUGCUUAGAGAAGAACAAAAGAUUUCAUCAGUGUUCAACUCGAUUUAAGGUCCUACUCAUAGUGAGGUGUCUUAACGCUAAAUUUCAGGCUACUUUUAUGGAGCUCCAAACCUAUGGCUCUGGUAGCUACCAGUCCCAUGGAGUGGAGAAGAAUGCAUGCACAGUGCAGUCUCAGACUGCAGCGCAGAUGCCCUGCAAGCAAGAGGAUCAGGAGGAGUGUAGUGCCUUGACAGUUAAAUGAUUACCCCACACAACUCAGUAAGUCGGCCCCCAGCGAAGAGGCUUCGGCCUCACGGGCGACUACGAAUCUUGUUGUGUUCAAUGCAAUAUCAGUUUUUCGUCUCUCCCCCACCCCAUUUAUUUAUUUUUUCCUCCUUCAAUUGUUACCAUUUUUAAAAAGCCCUUGAGACAAAGCAUGACACAAAAGAAAAUCUUAAUUUGGUAGCAACUGUAUAUUCUUGAUAGGAAAUAUGCCUGUGGAGAGCAUUUGGUUUACGGCCUCAGCAGAAAGCCCGUUACAAGCACAAUAUGAGGAGUCGCAAAUGUUUAUUCCAACAUCUUAACCUCGUGAAACACUGGCCACUUGCAUGGUGUAUGAUUGGACAAGGGUCCAUGCCAUCCGUGUUGGUGCAUUUGUGAAACACACAGAAAGAUUUCAUGUGGUGCUUGGGAACGUUGCAUGUAGGGGGAAGGGCAGGAAAACUUAUGCAUGCUCACAGUGAAGUUUACAAGUUUACAAAUUUCAGGCUGGUUUUAGU